AGAAUGGCAGAAUUUCGCCUUCCUGCUAAGUUGCCUUGUUUUCGUGGGUGGCCGAGAGUCGACAAGAGUUCCUCUGUAGGAAUUACCAAUUUUUACUUAACAGUAGAGAUGGUGAAGAAGAAUGGAAAUGUUUCUAGGAUUGAAAUAAAAGCAGAGGAGCCGAAGAAUUGGCGUGAAGUUUACGGUCAAAUAAAAGCAAUGAAAAGCAAAAUUAUUGCACCGGUAGACAACAUGGGUUGUCAUACACUGGCUGACAGAAAAGAUCCCAAAGUGUUUCGUUUACAAACCCUCGUAGCACUCAUGCUAUCUAGUCAAACCAAGGAUACUGUUCUUGGUCCUACAAUGAAGAACUUGAAAGAGAACAUGCCGAAAGGGCUUACUGUUGAAGGAUUGGAAGCUAUAGAUGAAAAGGAAUUAAAUAUUCUCAUUGAAAAGGUCGGGUUUCAUAACCGGAAGGCCAUGUACUUGAAAAAGACUGCUAAGAUUUUAAAGGAAAAGUACGAUGGUGACAUUCCGGAUACAAUUGAAGGUUUGAUGGAAUUACCAGGCGUAGGGCCUAAGAUGGGCUACUUGUGUCUGGGUGUCGCUUGGAACAAGAUCGACGGAAUUGGCGUAGACGUUCAUGUUCAUAGGAUAUCGAAUUUACUUGGUUGGGUUCAUACAAAAACCGAAGAACAAACGCGACUAGCACUGCAGAGCUGGCUUCCAAAAGAGCUUUGGCUCGACGUAAACCACAUGCUCGUUGGGUUUGGACAAAUGAUAUGCUUACCUCGAGGGAGACGCUGUGACAUCUGUACACUAGCAGAAAACAAUCUCUGUCCUAGCGCUUUCACAGAAAACUCGCGAAUCAGCAAACAGUCGAAGAAGGGGCAAGCAAAGGACAAACGUGAUCUCGUAGCUGACGAAGACGAGGAUAAAGACGACAAGCUUACUACGAGAAAGACGGAAUCGCCUUCACUGUCUCCGCGAGACGAAAAACCAGCCGUACUUCAAGAAGACGAACGCCCUGCCAGGCCUCGGCGGGCAGCUUUUGAACGAUCACACUACUUUUCAAAAAAGUAUCUCGAGGACAUUGAGGAUUUAGUAUAAAACAGUUAUUCACAUUAUGGAAAAGCAUUUAUGUACUUAAUAUAGUACGACGUUCAUGAACCAUUUCUCGUUUAAUAAACAGUCAAAAGCUCCAUGAUUGCUUGCAUCAUCUUGUCCACAUCUUUUUGGGAGGAUGCUUCGACGUAAACACGCACAGCGUCCUCUGUGCCAGAAGCACGAAUAAAGGCACGAGCGGAUUCGUACGGACGCAUAAUCUCGUCCACAAUUUGUUGAAGGCCUGAUGGCUUUACCAGACGACGGUCGGCGUCUGUACAAACAAACUCAAAGCGGUUGCGCACAGUAGCUUUCGCCAAUGCAUUAGGGAGAUCAUGGUACAUAUUUAACCAGUCAGCAGCAUUCCAACCGAGCACUUGCAGCAAGAAAACAACCAUCAGAGUAUCACUAAUGCUAUCUCCAAUAGCUUGGUUGCAAAGGGUAGAGAGUCCCUUCAACAAGUUGACCGCAGAGCGUUGUUCUCCUGUCGCGUUUGCAGGCAACGUGUCCAGUUUUUGGAGACAAGACUUACUGAAAACGACAGUGCCGUGUCCGUUGGCUUCGAAAUAGACACCAAUGUCGUACUCCCUUGCAGCCUUCUCAAGAUGCUUAACACCGGUCAAUACGCAUUCGGCCCGAAUGUUCAAUUCAUCUUCGAGGUAUACUGUUGAAGCACCAUUCGCGUAAGCAGUUUGGAUGACACCUAAUUUAAGAUCAAGUUGUGAUGCCUUAAUGCAUGCAGAGAGUUGUUUCGCCGCCAAAACACUUAUUUUGUCUCCGUCAAGCAGAUGGAAUUUUUUUGCAGAGUCCACGAAGUAGAAAACAACUCUAUCCGCGUCUCCGUCAAAGGAAGCACAGAGCUGCAUGGGUGAAAGAGUUCCACUCAGUCCGGCGGGAAGGGACUGAGUUGUUUUGACGAAAUCAGCACCGCAGUUCUUGUUCAGCAGAUCGGUCUGCUCCGUGUUUUUAUUGACCAAUUCAAUCUCCAAAAAUGGGAGGAGCAUUGAGCAAAGCUUCUCCAAAUGAAUAGCACCGACACCAUUGGCACAGUCGAUGAUAAGUUUUGUUUUUCCAGUCUCAAAUGGCACGAAUUGUUUGCACAAGUCGACAAAGGAGGAAGAUAAGGUUUUGUAGUAAGAUUCAAUAUGAGGGAUCGAGGAAGGAACGUGAUACUCGGAGUUUUCGUUAAUGGCCUGAAUUAGCCAGUGUAAUUGGGGAGUCGUAAGAAGACCAUAGUCAUAAAAAUCGGCAUUACGACUCUGAAGAGCGUUUAUCAGAGUCUUCGAGAGGUGUGGAGACGACGGCCGUGUGUCUGAAGCCAGCACAACAGAUGGUUUCACGGAUGAAUAAGAGGGAUUGGCAAUGACUGUUUCAAUUUCUUUAAUAGCAGCUUCCAGUUCUGAUUCAGAAGAAGCGUUCGCCAGACGCGUACAGAGAGGUUCCCACGUUUGAUCCAGCAUUCCGCCGUUUGCAUCGAUGAUUUUUACGCCAUUAUCGUUUACUGGGUUGUGUGAAGCAGUGAUCAUAACGCCAAUAGUUUGGCCGUUAAGCUGUUGACUACGAAGACAAGCAGC